UCACUACUAAUUGUUGAGGCCGCGGCUAUACUUCCUGCAUUCAUGCAAAACACGAAUAACCUAGAUAAAGCAGCAGACAAAAUAACAGAAACAAUGAUCAAAGCAGAAGCAAUAGCAGCCUACGUUAAGAAAGCUAAAAAUGUAAGCAAUGCAUACACGUUUCUUGCGGACAAAUAUAAAUCCAACACCGAAUUCAUGGAGAAGUUAGAUUCAAAGAAAAAAGAACUUGAGGAAGAUUCUGUAAAAGCUCUUAAGAGUUUGAACUAUACAGACAGAGUUAUUGAUGAAUUGUUUAAUGGUGAGAGUACGCAGUAUUUAGGAGAAGGAUGGCAGAAUCAAUUUGUAGACGCAUCCAGCGCUAUGACUGACAUUCAAUAUCAAAGCUCACUUUGA